CACUCCUUUUAAAACGAAAUUUAUAUUUCGUCACUAUCUCGUUUUAACCAAGGCCGAGCCCUGUGAAAUUAUAACUCAGUUCCAAAUCAUCUACGAGACGUCAUGGUGUGUUAUUGCGAGAGUAAGAAUUGCGAGUGCGAGAUUGGCGGAUGGAUUCGCGAAGUAUUAAAAGACAAGCACGCCGAAGAUGAGCUUCAAGUUAAGAUAAAUGGGAAUGCGGAAAAAGGAACGGGAUACUUGGGCGACAUCGCAUUCGCCCAAGUUUCCGUUUAUAAAAACAAACAUCUCCAAAAGCAAUACGAUUUGGUGGUAAAGAUUGGCAAAACAGGUGACGCGAUAUCGCAAAGGUUCCCCGUACGACUGUCCUGUCAAAGAGAGGCUUUCGUGUACCAGAAAAUAAUUCCCGCAUUCAACGCAUUACUGGCCGAGAAGAAUUUGGAACCACUCGAUGUAACGGCCAAAUGCUUCUCCAUCUUGCAAAAGGAAGAACUUGAGUUAUUGCUAUUACAAAAUUUAGCUACGCUGGGAUAUGAAAUACACGACAAAAAACUUCCUAUGAAUUUGAACCAUCUUAAGCUGACUUUGCAAGCUUACGGGAAAUGGCAUGCGUUGUCGUUCGCGAUGCGCGAUCAGAAAAGAGAAUACUUCGAUGGGCUGUGCGCCAAUCUCCAAUGCGUAUGGACCGAGUUUAUAAAAGCGAGCUCGGGAGAACAUAUAGAUAACUCACUGAACAUCAUCAGCGGCGUAUUGAUGAUGAAAGGUGAAACGGAGCUUUUGAAUAGGUUAAAGGAAAAAUUGCCACGUAAAUGUUCUGAUAUCAUGCUCGGUAUUUUAUCCGCUGAAGAGCCACAGUCCGUUAUGCUUCAUGGCGACUGUUGGAAUAACAAUUAUAUGUUCCAGUAUGAGAGUGAAGACGGGGAAAAGAAACAUCCGACGAAAACCGUUUUGAUAGAUUUUCAAAUUGCGAGAAUUGCGUCGCCGGCACUGGAUCUGGCGUAUCACCUGUAUUUAGUAUGUUCAGCGGAACAGCUCAACCAUUUUGACGAACUACUGAAUAUAUACUUUACGUCACUGAGCGAAAACCUAAGAGCCCUUGGCACCAAUCCCGAUAAAAUAUUCACUUAUGAGGACUUGCUAGAUCAUUGGGAGAAGUAUUCAGUGUUCGGUGUUAUACUGGCCGGUAUAGCGCAGAUGGUAAACUUUAUGAGCAAAGAAGAAUCCGCGUUGAUGGAUCUCCAAGACAGAAAUGAGGCGAAGGUGCAAUUUCGCGCGAUUUUGGAUAGGCACAAGGAUGAACUUGCAUCGCGGUUUAUUCCCGUCGUUAAACAUUUUCUCAAUUUUCAAAGGCAUUAGCUGAAAACCGAAGUUGAAAGUACUUUCCACGAUUUCAUUUCAAAAUUUGGCAUCUCCUUUUUACCUAAAUUAGAAGCUACGCUCGGUCGAAGAUCGCCUGAGAGCAACCCUAACUCAAAACUUCAAAUGAAAGGCUAUUUUAUGAAUAUGAUCAAGUCCGUUCCUCCAGUUCUCACAGAAUUAGUCAUGUAAAUUAGCUUGAACCAGCAACUACUACAGGCGUAAUAACUUUUAGACUGAUUCGACAUAACCAAUAAAAUAAUCUGCAAGGUAAUUGGACUCGAUCAUUUCCGAAUCAUAGUUUAUUACUUCAUGAUAUGCUAUAAUAAUUAAUCUGUUUUGUUUAAUGUGUUUGGAGUCUUCGGAAUGGCCCUGAUCGAUCCGGACUCAGUGCACGGUAUUGGGCUAAAGGAGUUGCUGACCUUCUAUAGGAGGGGCGGCAUUCUGGACGCCCUCUAGAGCGGUCCGGGGGCACAACGGGCCCAUCUGGUGGCCUAAGUGCUUGGACGCCCGCGAGGGCGCCCCCCUUUAAGACCAAUACCAAUAAUACCAAUGGCAUACUAAACAAUAGUCAACAAGUUUGAUAAAUGGCAUUUUUCUGCUCCCGUAUGUAAAAUACCUAAUUACACACCGAUCUAGCGUGCGGGAAGCGUUACUUUACUACCUCAGUUUCGUUUCCCAUGAAUCCGAGUCACUUCAGACAUUUCCGGGAUUUUACCGCACGGAUUUGGGAGCAAUCGGAUGUUUUCGGAUAUUUCCCACAUUUUGAAUUUUGACGUUUGUCAAUUCUGACGAUUAUGUCAGUGAAUGUAUUCGUGUUUUGUGAAAAUGUACCCAAAUGUACCCAAAAAUUAAAUAUAAUAGACAAAUUGACCUAACUCCAAAAUGGCAGGUUCAGGUUUUUAUCUAAAUUCAAUCAAUUGAAUCUAUUUAACGCUACGGGUGUUCGAUUCCCGCAUAGGAGAAUCGAAACUGCCUUUAUCCACGUUUGCGAAAUUGACCCAAUUCAAACGAAGAAUCUUUCACGGAGCAAUUAAUAACGUUCCUUGCUACAUAUUCCAGCCACACACUGACCCCAUCCUUUCAGUAUCAAUCAUCCAGUUUUCAAUUAAAAUGAUUGUCUCCAGUUGGCUUACAUAACACCGAGUCAGGUCCUGCUACGUAAGCUUUACGUAAGGGGCAAAUAGUCAAAUCCAAUAACAUUCAGUUUCAGUCAAUUUCCGGUGAAUAAUAUUCGACGGCGAAGGUCUAUCGCUUUGACGGCCCUUUUGACUCUUUAAUUUCGGGAUAUAUUUGUCUCGAAAUUGCCUUAGCGCGAAAGACGGAUGUAAAUUAUAAUUAAGGAAAUUAAAAUGAGACCCUAUAUAUUUUUUACUAUCAUAUUGGUCUCGAUUUAAAUAUUCCGGUCCGUAUUUUACAUUUGGUAGUUGUUUUUUUUUAACAGUGACAAGGAAAAAGGCAAAAAAUAAAAGAAUCACGUAAUCGAGACUUAGUUUACUAUUAUGAUAAUUUUUAAACAAGAAACUUCAACAAUCGUUAAUUUGUUAGAAGUAUGGGAAACAAUUAAAAAAAUUCCAAUAAAAACAUAAGUAAAUUGCGAGUUUAAUUAAUGUUUCUAAUGUUGAGAUUUGUUUGUACUUUGACAGUACAGUUUUUCCUAAAGGAUACAGUGAUGACUUCAGUUGGGGCGUCCACCAACUUAGAUCCGUGAAAGGCCCUUGGACUAUACUUGCGGCAGGACCUGGCUCCUGCUGCUUUGAACUCCAAAAUAUUUACAUCAACGAACUUAGGUCAAAAUUCUGCUUCAGUCAGAAUGAUCAGUCUUUAUAACGAGUACCGUAACAAUUUAUUUUACUUAAGUCUAAAUUGUUUUAAAAUGCAAAUGAAAUUAAUGUUCCAAAGAGUUUUUUUCGUUGUAUUUAUGGUAGUACUUGGUAUAUGGUAGU